AUGAAGGUCACUUUCGUUGCGACACUCCUCGCUCUGGCCAACCUGGCUAGUGCCCAGCUGGAUGGCAUCCCUGCUUGCGCUAGACCCUGUGUUACUGCUCAAACCAGCGGCUCGAACAUCGGCGGAUGCCCAAGUCUCGACAUCACUUGCAUCUGCUCCAAUCCCUCCUUCCUCAGUACCAUUGCGUGUUGUCUGUCAGAUGUUUGCAGUGCCGCUGAUCAGAAGACUGCAACCGAUUUCGCACGAAACUUCUGUGGCAUCGCUGGAGUCACAAACCUACCUACGGCAGUAACAUGCUCGACUGGUGCUAGUGCCAGCUCCACGUCCGCUGCUGGGUCCUCAGGAACUUCCGCGCCUACUGCGGCUUCAGGCAAUGGUACAAACGCUCUAUCGUCAGCAGUCUCAUCGGUCAGCUCUCGCGUGUCAUCGGCCACGAAUUCGGCAGCUUCGGCAACAGGAACAUCGGGGGCACAAAGAGUAGUCGGGGUUGGAGCUGGUAUACUCGGAGGAUUGGCGGCAGGUGUUGCGCUGUUGUAA